AUGCAUCGAGCUGGGAUGCUGUGUCGUCUCGCUUCGCCAAGCCGAGCUGCUACCGUCGCAGUCAGAAAAGCAGGGACAUCUCCUUCCGUACCACGAUUGAUUCAAGUCCGCCGACAGUCCGCAGCUACUGCCGUAAAGCACGAGCCUUUUAUGAAUGGAUCUUCUUCGAUUUACAUUGAGCAGAUGUAUGAAGCUUGGCGCACUAACCCCACUUCUGUACAUGCUUCCUGGGAUGCCUACUUCCGUAAUGUUGAAGCCGGUGCAGGUCCAGGACAAGCUUUUGCACCUGUUCCCCAUGCAGGUUCAACUGUAGCUCACUCUGCUGCUUCACAUUCUGGUGUUGACUUAUCAGCAUCCGUUCAAUCAAUCAGUGAUCAUUUGAAAAUUCAACUUUUGAUCAGAAGUUAUCAGACUCGCGGUCACAACAUCGCCGAUCUUGAUCCUCUUGGAAUUAACAGUGCUGAUCUUGAUGACACCAUUCCACCUGAGCUCGAACUUUCUUUCUAUGGAUUUGGCGAACGUGAUCUUGAUAGAGAGUUCAUCCUACCUCCAACUACUUUUAUUGGUGGAGAUCAGAAAUCUUUGACUCUUCGCGAUAUCCUCAAGCGACUCAAGCAAAUUUAUUGCAAAACUACCGGAGUAGAGUACAUGCACUUGAACAACUUGGAGCAACAAGAUUGGAUCCGUCAACGCUUCGAAGCUCCCCGCGCUACUGAACUUUCUCAUGAUCAAAAAAAGGUUCUUUUCAAACGACUUAUCCGUUCUACCAAGUUCGAAGAGUUUCUCGCUAAGAAAUGGCCAAGUGAGAAGCGUUUCGGUUUAGAGGGAUGUGAAGUUUUGAUCCCUGCUAUCAAGCAGAUCAUCGAUACUUCUUCCUCCCUUGGAGUUGAUUCUGUUGUAAUUGGAAUGCCACAUCGUGGCCGUUUGAAUGUUCUCGCUAAUGUAUGUCGUCAACCUCUCUCCACUAUUCUUUCUCAGUUCUCCACUCUUGAACCUGCUGAUGAAGGAUCUGGUGAUGUCAAGUACCAUUUGGGAGUAUGUAUCGAGAGAUUGAACCGUCAAUCCCAAAGAAACAUCAAAAUUGCUGUUGUUGCUAACCCAUCCCAUCUGGAAGCCGUUGAUCCUGUCGUUCAAGGAAAAGUACGUGCCGAAGCUUUCUAUGCUGGGGAUAAGAAAUGCGAUCGAUCUAUGGCUAUUCUUCUCCAUGGAGAUGCUGCUUUCUCCGGACAAGGAGUUGUAAUGGAAACUUUCAAUCUCGGAGAUCUUCCUAGCUACACUACUCAUGGUGCUGUUCACAUUGUUUGCAAUAAUCAGAUUGGUUUCACAACUGAUCCACGAUCCAGCAGAUCUUCACCAUAUUGUACUGAUGUCGGACGUGUUGUUGGUUGCCCCAUUUUCCACGUCAACGUUGAUGAUCCAGAGGCCGUAAUGCACGUUUGUAAUGUAGCUUCUGACUGGAGAAAAACGUUCAAGAAGGAUGUAAUUAUUGAUUUGGUCUGCUAUCGCAGACAUGGUCACAACGAGUUGGAUGAGCCCAUGUUCACUCAACCACUUAUGUACCAAAAAAUUAAGCAAACUCCCACGGCCCUAGAGAAAUAUCAAGAGAAAAUUAUCAGCGAUGGUGUUGCUGAUGAGCAAUAUAUUAAAGAAGAAUUAAGCAAAUACGGAUCCAUUUUGGAAGAAGCUUACGAAAACGCGCAGAAGGUCACAUUCGUUAGACAUCGUGAUUGGCUCGAUUCCCCCUGGGAUGAUUUCUUCAAGAAACGUGAUCCUCUGAAGCUUCCAUCCACUGGCAUUGAACGUGAAGAAAUCGAAGCUAUCAUUGAAAAGUUCAGUUCUGUUCCUGAUGGAUUCAAUCUUCACCGUGGUCUGGAGAGAACAUUGAAGGGACGUCGUCAGAUGGUCACUGAUAACUCAGUUGAUUGGUCUAUCGGAGAAGCCCUUGCCUUUGGAUCUCUUCUCAAGGAAGGUACUCACGUCCGUCUAUCUGGUCAAGAUGUCGAGCGUGGAACAUUCUCUCACAGACAUCAUGUUCUUCACGAUCAAAAAGUUGAUCAAAAAGUUUACAAUCCUUUGAACGAUUUGUCUCCCACGCAAGCUGAGUACACUGUUUGCAACUCUUCACUCUCCGAAUACGCUGUUCUUGGAUUCGAAUUGGGAUACUCUAUGGUAGAUCCUAAUUCACUCGUUAUCUGGGAAGCCCAAUUCGGAGAUUUCUCCAACACAGCUCAAUGUAUCAUUGAUCAAUUCAUUUCUUCAGGACAAUCAAAAUGGAUCCGUCAAUCUGGACUUGUGAUGCUCUUGCCUCAUGGUUACGAAGGAAUGGGUCCAGAACACUCUUCUUGCAGACCAGAGCGCUUUUUACAAAUGUGUAACGAAGACGACGAAAUUGAUCUCUCUAAAACAGCCUUUGGAGGAACCUUCGAAGCCCAACAACUUCACGACACUAAUUGGAUUGUCGCUAACUGUACUACCCCUGCUAAUAUCUAUCAUUUAUUGAGGCGACAGGUUACCAUGCCUUUCCGCAAACCUGCUGUUGUUAUGUCACCUAAAUCACUUCUUCGUCAUCCUUUGGCUCGCUCUCCAAUCGAAGACUUUGUUCCGGGAACUCACUUCCAGAGAGUUAUUCCCGAGAAUGGAACUGAUCUCGUACACAACCCAGGGCAAGUCAGUCGCCUCAUCUUCUGUACAGGAAAAGUCUAUUAUGACUUAGUGGCUGCCCGCAAGCAUCUUGGUCUUGAAAAUAAUGUCGCUUUAGCUCGAGUAGAACAACUUUCACCUUUCCCUUACGAUAUCAUUCAAGAGGAAUGUAGAAAAUACUCUGGAGCUGAAAUUGUGUGGGCCCAAGAGGAACAUAAGAACAUGGGGGCUUGGACUUUCGUUCAACCUCGUUUCAACUCUCUUCUCUCUGGCGAUAGCAGAGGAAUCAAAUACGCUGGACGUCUUCCAUCUGCCUCCCCAGCUACUGGUAACAAAUAUACUCAUCUUCAGGAGCAGAAAGAAAUGCUAAGUAAAACGUUCGAUGUCCCUAAAACUCAACUAGAAGGAUUCAAGGCUUAA